CCAAAAACCAUUUGGGACUUUGAGAUCGGGGCUUUAAUACAAUUAUCUCUCUCUCUCUCUCUUUUUUCUUUUUCUUUUUUUAAAAAAAGGUAUUUUAACAAAAUUGCUAAAAUAGACGGAAGAUUGGAAGGAGAAGAAUGGAUUCGAGAUCAGAUGGGAAGUGGCAACAACGAUGAACAAGUCGAGCAAUUGCUACAAGCAGCUCAGGACGAUCUGAUGCUGAAAUUGAGCGUCGAUUCACACAUGUCCCGUGUAUCCCCGAACUAUCUAGAUUCCGAUCUCAAUCGCCGUUUCCAAGCCCUAAGAUCGCGACCUUCCUCCACCGCCGCCGUUCCGCGCAAUCCUCGCCCUCCUCAGCCGCAUAUUCAAUCCGAUUCCUCGUCCCGGCCGCUAUCGAUCGAAAAUCUUGUCGUCGAUGGCGAAUCUCAGUCGAUUCUCGGUGACGAUCUCGCUGCUAGAUUCGCUGCUCUAAAGGCGUCUUUGCCUUCCUCGACCAGACCGCCUCCGUCGUCGAUACCGAACGAUGUUGAUAGCGAGGACGAAGAGGAUGAGGUUGAGAAGCUGAUUCAAUGGGCUAAGGAUGCUGCUCGACUCGAUCCUUCGCCUCCAUCUGAGGAAGACGAAGACGAUGAGGAAGAGGAUUUCACUAGUUCCGAUGAAGAUGUCGACGAUCGGAGAAAAGAGCGUCGGAAAAAAAGGCCGGAUGAGCGUUGAAACUACUGUUAGUGCAUUCGAUUAACUGAUUUUGAUUCGCACAUUGCAUACAGUCUGGAUUUUGGUUGAACUAAAUCCUCACCGGCGCGGCAUCUGAUCGCCGUUUCCGCCGCUCGGAAACUCUGAAUCUUCAAAUUACAUUUCUGUAGCUUUUCCGUCACUCAAUCGAUUCUUCACUGUUCUUCACUGUUCUUCACUCAAUCGAUUACAAGGUCAUAUUCAUCUCCC